AAAACAAACACUCGUCCAGAUCCAUGGCAGUCAAAAUGCUGCCCGUAAACACAUCCAGCUUCAGCCCCCUGGCAGCCGACUUUCAGAUGUUUCAAAACGAGAAGUUCCUCUUUAAUCUGACUCAAGAGCUGAACAUUUCGGCGGAUAACCUGACAAGCCUACUGCAGGGCCUGGGAACACAGGAAGCGCUACCCCCAAUGUCCCUCCUGGCCGCUCUGAGUGUGGGCUAUGGCCUCAUCUUCGUCGCCGGGGUGCUGGGCAAUCUCAUAACCUGCAUAGUGAUCUCUCGCAACAACUUCAUGCACACGGCCACGAACUUUUACCUGUUCAACCUGGCCGUAUCCGACAUGAUCCUUCUGUGCUCAGGCAUGCCCCAGGAUCUGUACAAUCUCUGGCACCCUGACAGCUAUCCAUUCAGCGAUACUAUCUGCAUCCUAGAGAGCGUUUUCUCGGAAACGGCGGCUAAUGCCACGGUCCUUACCAUAACCGCCUUCACCGUGGAGCGCUACAUUGCCAUUUGUCAUCCGUUCAGGCAGCACACAAUGUCCAAGCUGUCGCGCGCCGUUAAGUUCAUAUUUGCCAUCUGGAUUGCCGCCCUCUUGCUGGCCCUCCCACAGGCCAUCCAGUUCUCGGUGGUGGUGCAGGGCGUUGGAUCGUCGUGCACGAUGAAAAACGACUUCUUUGCCCAUGUGUUUGCUGUGUCGGGCUUCCUCUUCUUUGGCGGUCCCAUGACAGCCAUCUGUGUGCUGUACGUCCUCAUCGGGGUGAAGCUGAAGAGGAGCCGUCUGCUGCAGGCACUACCACGACGGUGCUUCGACGUUAACCGUGGCAUAAGCGCCCAGACGCGAGUCAUCCGGAUGCUGGUGGCUGUAGCGGUGGCCUUUUUCAUCUGCUGGGCUCCCUUUCAUGCACAGAGAUUGAUGGCGGUUUAUGGCUCCUCCUCGGGCAUAGAGUCCCAGUGGUUCAACGAUGUGUUCAGCGUUCUCGACUACACCUCCGGCGUGCUCUACUUCCUCUCCACCUGCAUCAACCCGCUACUGUACAACAUCAUGAGCCACAAGUUCCGCGAGGCCUUCAAGGUAACCUUGGCGCGCCACUUUGGACUCUCGGGCAAGAACCCCGGCCGGGGACUGCCCCACACCUACAGCGCGCUGAGGCGCAAUCAGACGGGAUCUCUACGGCUGCACACAACGGAUAGCGUUCGCACAACGAUGACAUCUACGACGACAACUACGACGACCGUGCUAAAUGGCAGCAGCAAUGGGGCAGCGGGCAAUCUGGGGCGCUCCUCUCAACGCCUGAAUCGCGUCUCCUUGGACAGCUCGCAGAGUCAGAUUCCGGGUCAGAGUCAGAUUCAGAGCCAGGCACAGAAUCGCAGCAGGCAGGAUCUGUUUGAACAGCAGUCCCAUCCGCAUCCGCACUCGCACCCACGUCGCCCUCUGCAAUCGCAAAUAUCGCAGUUGUCAUCGGUGGGCGAUGCCCACUCACUGCUGGAGGCGGACAUACAGUGGCCGGAGGAGCAGGCACCACCGACACAAAUGCAAUUGCAGCUGCAAGCACCCAUGUGCUCCAUUGAUGAGCUGAGCUGUCAGUCGGGGACAGACGAUGUGGGAGUCUCUCGCUCCCGCCUGAAACUGACGCGUAUAACGCGGGGAGGCCAUCAGCUCUCGCAGCCAGGGGGCGUAGAUAUUGGCGGUGUGGCAAACGAGACAAAUGGCAAAGUGCGCAAGCCAAAAGCGAAAGCGCUCAAGAGCUCCAGUGCCCUCAAGAGUCUCAGGGCCAAAUUGAAUUGGCGUGCCAGACGCAAAGGCAGCCACAAGCCACAGACCAGGACGAGCUCAGGCGAGGUCUCGAGUGAGCGAGCCGGCUACUGAGGAGCCGCUUAUCGGGCUCGGUCCGGGCGGCAGACACACUACUGUGAUAUGAGCAGCAAGUCCUCUCCAGCUUGCUUUUGUUUCUAG